UAUUCUAACAUGUAACACAAAUUAAGAGUAAUUGAUCUUUAACGUUCAUUUAGUUUGACUCAAAAAAAUUAGAUAAAUACAAUGAGACGGAUGAAGUAUUUCUUAGGGCAUGCCCGCUUGGGAGGGAGAAGAGGGGAUGUUAUGAAUGGUAAUUUUUGGAGUGACACGGUCAAUGGAGACCCCAGUCGUCGUCCUCUUCCUCGUGAUUUGGUCGCCGGCGAAGUCCGGCAUACUGAGAUCAGAGCGGACGACCGCGCGGCGAUACCUCUGAACGCGUUCUUCUUCACCAGGGGCGGUGAAUUGGAGCUCAACAUCACCCGCCUCGCCGUCCUCCCGGUGCCGGAUCGCGCCUCCCUAUCGAAGAUUGGCUUCGUCCUCUUGCCCCCCGACUCAUGGAACGACUUGUCCUUCGGAAUCCCUGAACGCAACGCUACUUGUGCCUUGGAAUAUCCUGGCGCCUUCAAGGUGUUAACUCUCGAUCAGAUCCCGAAAUCUGCCCAGUGGAAUCUUCUUCGACCCGCCCCGGCCAAAGACUCCCAAUACACGUUGGUCUUCGCAAACUGCCUGGGAGUGAAAGUCUCCAUGAACCUUCGCUCUGCAAUGUACAACCGGCUUGAAAGCGGCGGCGGGGGAGGGGGGGCUACUGUGAGUUAUCUCAUGGCUGGUCCAAUUCUGCCCCAGGCACUGAACUUAUACUGUGAAGCUCUGCAAAAAUGGCAUAUAGACCGGUCCGGGUCACCCACAAUGUGGCUGGAUGCUUUGUUCUACGCAUCCAGUCUGCUGAGGGCAAUCUCUUUCUACACCGCGGUGCUUGUGAUCGGAUGCACCCAGUGGCAGAUUUUGAGGCCGCGAUUCCGACUUCGGGCAAGGGACAAGGGUGUUUUGGCCAUUUUGGUUUCGCUGCAACUGGUCGCGAAUGCAGCCCGUGUGAUGAGUGACAAGGCGGCUGGGUUGUAUGGCGAAACUUGGUGGCUGCCCGUGUUUGCGUUUGUCAACUGUGUCUCUCUGUGGCUGUUGGUGUUCUCUCUUUGGUCUGCGCUGAGGAACCUGCUGACAGUCCGGACCCAUAAGAGGGCUACGGUUGUGUUGAAGAAGUAUGAGCUCUUCCGUCACUACUUCACUGUGGUGGUGGUAUACAUUCUGUUCGGUCCCAUAUUGGAGUAUUUGCUCCUGGUCUUUGCUGCUGCUUCUUCUAGCGAGUAUUAUUGGCUUAUUUCCGUGGCUUUGGAGUCGGUCACACUUGCAUUUUAUGCCUAUACUGGAUACCUGUUCGCUCCCAGGAAAAACAGUCCUCAUCAUCAUCACAUUCAGUGCUUGCUGAGGGAGGAGGAUGAAGAAGCCGCCGCGGCUAUAAGGUUGGGUGAAGAAGAAGAUGAUUAUGCCACACUAUUCUCUCUGGUGUGAAGCUAGCUUUGGCACUUCUGUUAAUAAUUUAUGACUUAGCUUGUUAGGACGGAGGCUCUGGCUGGCUGGCUCCCGGCCUUAUAACUUACUUUG